GCUGCCAAGGCUAUCCGGCCGGCAGAAUGGGAAUGGUUACGAAGGUAACCUUAAAUUGGCUAAUUUUUUUUGUUUUUUAUUUAAAGUUGCAAAUAUGUUUGAAAUAUGUUCUAUUUACCUGCCCUAUUAAUAUGUGCAGUUGUAUUAUUUGUCUUCGGAUUUUUUCCCAUAUCAAAUAACAUUACAAACUUCCCAAACGAUCCUCCUGAAGAUCUCUUCAAGCUGUCAGUAGAUCUAAACGUAACUUAUCCACCUCAUAUAAACAGGAGUGUACUGAUUAUAAUCGAUGCUUUGAGAUGGGACUUUGUAGACCAUUCAUUAAUGCCUUUAACGGCUGGUCUCAUGCGCGAGAAAGGCUGUCUUAGUAAAAUAAUUGCUGAGAGCCCCACAGUGACAUUACCUAGGAUUAAAGCUUUAACAACAGGAAAUAUACCUCAGUAUAUUGAUGUUUUACGAAAUUUAGCUUCCUCCGAGAUACUGAACGAUUCAUGGCUUCAUUCCGCCGUGAAGAAAAGAUUAAAAAUUGUUUUUUAUGGUGAUAAUACCUGGGAGAAGCUUUUCCCAGAUUUCUUCUAUCGAUCUGAAGGUACCACAUCUUUUUUUGUAUGGGACUUCAAGGAAGUUGAUAAUAAUGUGACGCGCAAUGUUGAAUUUGAAUUAAACAAUAGUGAUUGGGACAUCAUGAUAUUACAUUAUUUAGGUCUUGACCAUAUAGGGCAUGUCUUAGGCCCAUAUUCUUCAAAGAUGGUUACCAAGUUGAAGGAAAUGGACGAAAUAAUUAAUAAAAUUCACACAAGACUUUCCAUCAAUCAGAAUAUUGUUACUUUUAUAACUGGAGAUCAUGGAAUGAGGGAUAGUGGAGGUCAUGGAGGUACAAGUCAACCUGAAAUAACAGUCCCUUUAAUUUCUCUAGGACUACCAUGUCAAAACUCUUCAUUUUAUCAGACAGAUAUACCUGCAAACUUGGCAGUUCUUCUUGGACUCAAUAUCCCAAUUACAAGUAUAGGAAAUUUACAAAAAUCACUUCUACAUAAUUUAUCUUUAGAUCAGUAUCUGUUUGCUUUAAAAUACAACACAGAUUUAUUAUUAAAAAAAACUGAAAAGAAUAUUUCUUAUUGUGAGCAAGCAGAUAUUUUUUACAGACAAUUUUUGUAUGAAGCAGAUAAAAAAUAUGGGAAUAAAGCUUUGAAUCUUUAUACAAAUUGUUCUAAUGAAAUCACAAAACUUCUGUAUGAAAAUUCAAGCAAGCAAGACAUGAUAUCACUGUUUAUUUCUGUUUUUCUCAUGCUCAAUGUCCUUUUUAUGUCAUUAAAUAAUUUGAUGACCAAGAAAAUUAAAUCUUUUGCAUUUGAAUCCAUUUUUCUCUUUAGUACAACAAUAUUUCAAUAUCAUAUUCAAAUAAUAAGCAUAUCAUAUGUUUUUGCAAUAUUAUUAGGACUCUCUGCUAUAAUAAGGCUGAAAACAGUAUUUCAAGAAACAUCUUUUUCAAUUUUCCAAUCUAGUUUGAAUAAUAUUUUAAUAUUUUGUAUGAUAUUACAUCCACUUUCAUUUAUAUCAACUAGUUUUAUUGAAGAAGAACAUUACUUUUUUAUUUAUUUUACAGUGACAUUAAUUUUAUUUAUUACAGUAUCUACUAGAAUUAUAAAAAAUUAUAUGAAUAUUUCUUAUGCAGUUAAUGGUAUUUUAAUACUGUUCGCCAUAAGAUUCUCAAUGGAUUUGAAUUCAACUGUAGAGAACUCGGUACAAAACACCAAUAACUGGGCACAUUACUUUAAUGACAAGAAUAAUUUGAUAUAUUUGCAAAUAUUUUUUGGUACUGGGUUGACUUUUGUGUUCAUAGUUUUAAUGACACAUUUUAAAUCAUCUUUUACCAGUAACUGGAAUAUUUUCUUAACAGUGACUACUUUAGUAUUAAUAUUUUUGUUAAAAUUACUUCCAUAUCAUAACACACUCUUAGGAAAAUUAAUAUGGACUAUAAUAUUAAUUCAAAAACUAAUUUUUAAAAAUUUCUCAUGGUCAGUACUAUGGAUCUUGGCUGCAACUCUGCUUAUGAAACCUCAUAAUGUUUUACUUAUAUCAAUUGCAGUACAUACUGAAGUAGUGAUAUAUUCUUUAAAUAGAACAAACAAUAGUAAACAAAAAGUAACAUGUGUUAAUAAUAUUUCUUUCUUAGCAAUAAUUAUGUAUAUCUUUUCUAAUUGUUUUUAUUUUAUUCAAGGCCACAGAAACAACCUUGCUACUGUAGAUAUAUCAAUAGGCUACACAGGUUUGAGCAACUAUGAACCAAUUUUAGUAAUUUCACAAAUUUUAAUGCACACCUAUAUCUUUCCAGUAUUAUUUCACUUGAUAGUAUUACAAAAGAUUGACUACAAACAACAAAACAUUUUUUGGAUUACACUAUUAAUACUGAGAACAUUAGUAGUAACUUCAACCUGUAUUGUAACUAUUAUUUUUAAACAUCACCUCUUCAUAUGGUCAGUUUUUGCUCCAAAAUUGUUUAUAGAAAGUGUUCAUACAGGGUUUUUAUUUACUGAGAUAUUUAUUUGGACAUGUUUUACUUGCAUAAAACGAAUUGUUAAAUUUUCUAUAGAUACUCAAAUGCUGUGAAUAAGAAGUAGUUUGAGAAUUAUUAGGUUAUAUUAAUAAACUAUUCUAAAGGUU